UAGGACACGCUAAAAGCAUCAGAAGAAGAAGCUCUCGGAUGUGGAGAGGGAUUGUCCAUGUGGUUGUUUACUUUUAUGUAAGACGUUUACCAUCGGAAUAUAGUAUAUCUUUUCCAUAAGCAAGAAAUAUGAUUAUUCGCAGGUAAACAGUUUUUGCUUUAGCGAUAUUCACGAAACCGUGUCAUGAUUUCUUCCGGCUGCGGUAAAAUACGUAUUCGAGAAGCUAACCCUGCAUCGCUAAGCCUUCAUUUAUCUCGAAAGCAUGGAGAUAGAAGAUCGAGAUUUUCUGAACUCCCCGCCUUUGAAAACGGUCAGAUUUGGCGGUAGUGUUGUGGAAACUUUAGCCAAGUAUAAACGGGGAGACUUGAGUGACUAUGAACUACUGAAGCAUCAGCUGGCGGACCCUGAGAUUAAGGACGCACAGAUUAUUACAUGGCUACAAGAAUUUCGGAAUUGUGUCGCUCAGCUCACCAAAGACCAUGAACAACUCAUCUAUACUAUCUUAAGGGUUCCCUGGGUGGGUCGGAGCCAAGCAGUGGUGGAGGAGUACAUGGCUUUCCUCAGUAAUCUGGUGUCGGCACAGACGGUCUUCCUAUGUGCAUGUCUCAAAAUGAUCGUCGCCCACUUUACACCCAAAAAAGUUGCGAUCUGUGAAGGAGGAGUCGAGAUCUCAGAUUCAGAAGAUGACGAUGAAAAUCUCCCCAGAAAUUUCAACCAGUGCCAUCAGGCUUUGCAGCUCAUCACCAGAUAUGUCCCAUCAACGAGUCACUUUUUGGUGCCUAUUUUGCAAGACAGCUUUCCUUUCGUUCAAAAGUCCUCCAGAACUCUGGAAUGUUACGUCCACAACCUUCUGACUGUGACUUCGUACCUACCAACCAUUCAACGAGACGUGCUCGAGAUCAUUGUUGGACAGAUGCUUAAACUGGAUGUAAGUGCAUCCCGCUCAGAUAUUGAAGAGGCCGAAGAGAACUUGUCACAAAGCCAGCAGGCAGGCAACUGUACUGAAGAGGCCCUCUUUGACAUGGAUGAGGACCUGCCGACAGGUCAGCCCCCCAGUUUGGGAGUCAUGGCACACCCGGUGGCCGAGAGGCUCGAUUCGCUCAUGACCAUGUUGUUGGCGUACAUCAAGGACCUCUGCCAUGUCAACGGUGCUCUGCAUACAGACAGAACCAAGGAACUGUACCGGGACUUGUUGGAUGUGUUUGACAAGCUCAUCUUACCCACACAUGCCUCGUGUCACAUCCAGUACAUGCUCUUUUACCUCUGCAGCUUCAGACUGGCCCUAGCUGAGGCUUUCCUGGAGCACUUGUGGAAGAUUCUGCAGAGUCCAUCACAGCCUGCUGUCCUCCGCCAGGCUGCAGCGGGGUACAUGGGAAGCUUCCUUGCCAGAGCCAAGUUCAUUCCUGUGCUCACGGUGCGAGCGUGUUUGGAUCUGCUCAUCUCGUGGAUUCACCGCUAUAUUGAUGGCCAGGACAGUAAAGGUGGGCAGGCCUGCUGCGACAUCAGCCUGCACGGACCAUUCUACACUGCCUGCCAGGCUAUCUUUUACACAUUGAUUUUCAGACAUGGAGCCAUUCUGGCGGGCAACAUGAAGAAAGGCUUGGAGUACCUGCAAAGUUUGAACCUGGAGAGGGUGGUCAUGUGUCAAAUGAACCCGCUUAAAGUGUGUCUCCCUGCGGUCACAAACAUGUUUGCAGCCAUCACCAGGAAAUAUCAGGUGGUGUUCUGCUACACCAUUAUCGAGAGAAACAGCCGCUACAUGCUGCCCGUGGUGCACAGCUCAGCUGGAGGCGACAGCGUGACCACGAACACCAACCCCCUGGACAGCUUCUUUCCCUUUGACCCCUACCUGCUGAAAAGGUCUGGGAAGUUCAUUGAGCCCCUCUAUCAGGCAUGGGAGGAGCCAGCAGACUCGGAGCUGAUCGCCAAUAAAACAGUCCACCAGGGCUCGAAAGAGGAUGACUUCGACUUCCUGUGUGGAGAGACGCCCCAGGGUGAUGGCAUUGUCGGAAUGACACCCAACUCCUUGGACUCAAACCCCAGUAUCGGCUCACCCACCGUCUCUUUCCAGAGACAUUGCUAGUGCUGCAUCACCGACUCUUGGCUGGACCAGGCCGUACUAUUAUUCAAGGACAAAUGACUUGUUUUGGUUUUAAAAUGGUGUAUGUAUGCAAGUCUCCCACUGCUAUUGCAUCCGAAGAAGUCAUUAAGGUAAAAAAAAAAUAUGCACAAAACGAUGGCCUUGUUUUUGGAGUAAUAGACUUCUGAUUUGUAUAUGAAUCAUCAGACAGUCCAGUUCUCAGUUAUUCCUUUAUUAUAAAACUGUUAACAGAAAGAAUAUGAGGCCACAACAAAGAUUCAGUCUGGUUGAAUGACAGGAAAAUGACAAUAUCGGUUUCUACUUUAUGUGCAUUGUUCAUAGAAAUAGCCAGAAGCAUGAUGGAAGGCUGUUGAGACUCUUGACGACCAACAACACGAUUACACAACAGGAGCUAUGUCAGCGAUUUCCUUAUUGUACAACAAUGUCACCUCACCACAUACCGUGAUGUUGACUGAACAAACGAUGCCCUUGUUGGUCUUGUGUACCAACGCUAACGCUUGCGCCGCUCCAAUUCACAUGGGGAGAAAGAUGUAAAACAAUGGGACAGGGGGGGGUCAAGGUUUUAGUACUUUUUCUUAGCUGGUCAUAACAGAGGAAGCAGAUGAGGCCGUGCUAUUAUGGAGUCUCAUGGAUUUCGAUUGUCCUUUACAUGCGAUGGGAUGUGUUUGUUGAAAGGGUAGAAAAUAGGUCAGAAAGAAAUAUUGAGUCUGUAACAUCUGUUUGUUGGGGUCAUGCUUCAACAUAAGUUUAAACAAGAUGUCCAUCAAAAGUCCGGAGAAGGGGAGAUGCAUCAAGUUUUGGUUGAGUCCAUCUGCAGAAGCCAUACUGGAAACUAAGGAUGUCUAAUUGGAUGGAUACUUGUGAGCUUUGGCAUUAAAUGAUUGCGUUCCGUCUGGCACUAGGA